UGGAUACUUGGAAAUGAAGCCUUUGAAUCAAGAAAUAUGUUCCAUGCAUAAGACUUCCCUGUCACAUUCAAACGAAACCUUUUCCGACACAACAAAAGCAAGUGACAUUACAUCUACAUCACGCGUAAAAAGAAAGGAAGUACAAAUAUAUUCCUACGGAAACUAUCUAUUUGAGGAAAAACUCACAAACAGUAAACAAAAUCAGUUGUGUAUGCCUACUAAAGAACUUGAUUUUGUAUUACAUGAAGAAAAUCGAAAUCACCAUUUGGAAGAAGUAAAACUUGAUAGUACUUCGAACUCUGAGGAAAUUACUUAUCUUUCGUGCAUAUAUUCCCAACUUUCAGUUCAACCAACUUCAAAAACAAUUAAUGAAACCGAAACUAAAAAAAGUAUUUCUAUGAUUGAUACUGAGAAAAUUAUUAAAACUACGAAAAACAUAUUCCAUGAGGAAUAUAGUACGAAAUGUUCUUUGCUAGACAACAUACAAGGUAAAAAUUACAGCUCUAAAGAAGCAGAAUCCUGUACUUACAGAGAGCGAAAAUUGCCAUUAGCAGGAAUAAAUGAGAAAUAUUCUGUUUCAUCAAACGUGCCUUCCUUGCCAUUAGCACCAUUGACCAACGCCAACAAACUUUCAUCAGUCGCUCGAUUCAAAGAUUCUCCUACAUUUUUGAACAUCAUAGAUAAUAGAGAAAGCGAUUAUGGGCUUCCAAACUGUAUAAACGAAAAUAAAACACCGCAUAUUACCACGCCUACAUCUUCAACUGCUUGCUCCAACGAAAAUUAUAUUUUUUGCUUAAUAUUUGAAUGUAAAUAA